UGUGGUCUCGAUGUCGCGCGGUCUGGUGCGAUGGGUGGAGAGGCGGAGCAUCCUGCACAGGGCGGGGGCGAGGGAGAGGAUACCGAGCGUUCUACGGAGGGAGGUGUUGUGAGAGAUGGGGAGGGUGCGGGUGCCGCAGAGGAGGACGAGGCGGACGUCGACCUCGAGGUUGGCGUGGCUGAGGGGGAGCAGACACCGAGGGGAGAGGGGGGCAUGCCCAAGUCCAAUCCGGUGGCUCGUCAGAGGACGAUGGACUGGGAGCGGAGGUGCGGGAAGAAGCCCGUGUCGCCUGAGACGGCAUGCACGCCGAGUUCUUCGAAGAGUGUUGUUCCUGAUACAGCAUGCACGUCGGGUUCUUCGAAGAGGAAGGACGGGGGUGCACAUAUUUCUGCCACCAAUGAAGGGAAGAGGCUGCGGCAGCAGAAAAUGACGGACACGUAUGGUGGCGAGUGGAUUGGUCGGUGGAGGAAGGCAUUCUUUCGCUGGGUGUAUUCCAGCGGAAUUGCCUGCAAUGCCUUCUGCAACACGCCGUGGAGGGACCUCCAGCAGGUUGCUCUUCAGCAACCUGGUGGAGCACCUCUUCCCGUGCUUCCAUCCCACAUCGAGAUCACAAGCAUGCGAGCUGUGUUCAGUGGCCCACAACGGGUCAAUGCUAUAUGCACUGACUCCGCCUCUGCGUACGUGGGGGCUGCGAGGGCUUUGGCCUCGACAGCCAUGCCCCCUGAGCUGAGGAGGAUCACUUGGCUCCCGUGCUGUGUCCAUGUCUGCAACAAGUUGUUGUCAGACAUUGGCACGAUCUGCACCUCUUGUGUGGACACGAUCACGCGUGCCCGAGUUCUGGUGGUGUUUUUCAAAACCCACCAGGCCACUCUCAGCUUCUUUCAGAAGCGGAGCGGGGCGUUGGGGCUCGUGCUUUCAUGCGAGACACGCUUUGCGUCCGUGUACUGUAGGAUCGGAGCGUUGGGGCUAGCUCUGCAGGAUCGUUUGCAGGGCAUGAUGACAGCGGAGGACGGGCGGGCUUGGGCAAGGAUCCCGUGGUCCCCCGACGUCCGCGACAUGGCGCGUUGGGUGCGCCGACAGAUCAGGUGGUCCCCUUGGUGGGAGAGGAUGCGUGCCAUCAAGCACGUCAUGGAUCCCGUCAUGGACUUGCUGAGGCAGAUGGACCAUGGCGGACAGUUCAUUUCCCUCAAUAGAGAGUGGACUUGGGAUCUUGCACGCCUUGUGCGGGACGCUUGCAUCCCUCUUGGCCAGUCCUUUUCUGACCAUGUCAUGAGGCGUGUGCAGGCCCGUAUACAGCACAUGAUGGAGCCUGCAUACUGCGCCGCGUUCUUACUGAAACCCCGUCGCUGGGUUGUUCAGUACUUCUCCGUGCAGCUCGACCAGUACCACACUUGGCUUGUUCGACAAGCCAAGAGGUAUCUGUUGUCGGGUGGUCGUUACCUUGAGGUAUGUCAGCAGUUCGAGGACUUUCACACGCAGCAGGGUAGGUAUGGGACAUGGGGCGGGGGAGAGGGCCGCGCAAGAGCGCGUAGUUGCAGCGGAGACUGCGAGAUGUUGGAGUGUGCGUCGUGGUGGUCUCAGUACGGGGGAGAGGCGCUCGAUUUACAGCAUUGCGCCCUUCGUUUGAUGCCCAUGUGGUCUUGCGCCUCUCCAGCGGAAAGGAACUGGGCGCCGUGGGUGGUCUACGUGGGCAUCCAUAUGAAGAAGCGCAAUCAGUUGGCCUUCGAGAAGGUCGUUCAUCUUGUUGACAUCACCGCAAAUGUGCGGUUGAUGGAGUAUAGACGUGCAGGUUGUGGAUACGUCCUCCCUUGGCAGCGAGACGAGGGCAUGCUUGACGCUCAGGCAGGAUUGGACUUGGCGCCUGUGCGCUCGGGGACGAGGAAUGGGAUGACGGAGGACGAGAUAGAGGAGCAGGCUGCCCUCGUUACUCACGAUCCCAUCGGGUCCUCUGCGCCACCCCCUGUUGAGUCUGUUUUCAAUGCUUGUGUGGCUAUUUUUCGCCCAUACCCGGGGACGAUGCCUCUGGGGACGAGAGCGAGCCGGACGCAGCGGACGACCCCAUGCUUCCCGUCCGGCAUGAGAUUGACGAGUUGCACGAGGAGGGCGACGAGCGGGGCAGCUCGUCCACGUCCCAUGCCUGCGGCGGGGGGUGCCGCAUUGGGGGAAUCUUCUGGACCCGAGGGGUUGGGGAUGCCGCGCGGUUCAUGUCGUGAGAAGACAGUCACAGAGGUGACUCAGGUGAGUGCCAGGGUUGUUCGGGUGAGGACAGGGGCUGACCCUAUGACCGUGGUGGAGGACAAUCCCGAGACGGAGCUGGCAUGUGAGGAGGCGCAGCAGGCCGGGGAUGACGAGUGCAGGGACGACGAGGAGAGUGAGGAGGAGGAGAGCGACAACAGGGAGGACGACAACUACGAUGACGACGACGAGCCCUCCCCUCCAUCUGUGCGUGGUUCUAGUAGACGAUGUGGCUCUAGUAGACGACGCGAUGACGUCGACGACCCGUCCCCUCCAGGGCGGCGUGAGACGAGGAGUCAGAGGAGGCGAGGGUCAUCCGUAGCGACCGUGCUGGGGCGAGGGAGUGUUUCAUUGACACGCAGCACGGGUGGGGGUAGGCAGAGAGGCAGUGGUAAGGGGAAGGGAUGUCGACGGUAUUGACAGCUUCGUUCCCCUUCCACGUCGCCUUUAUGUUCUU